AUGCGGGCGGCGCAAAGCGCGCAUAAGUUCACUGGACGAAAUAUCUUUCGGCCUGGGGACACAGCAGAUUCCACUAGUCCCAAACGCGGUCAGAAACCUGAAUUGUACAAGUAUUACGGUUCUGUAGGAUUGGGUGCGACGACUUCACAAGCCAUUCCUAAAUCUCAAUCGUCUAAACGCCACAAGUACGGUUCAGCCUUGCAGGGAGAUUUGACUUUGGAGGAGAGACGGCGACGAGAUUCGCAUCAACAAAAUCCCUCGAUGUCAAUCCCAAACUUUCCUUCCAGCUCGUGUUCGACGACAGGUUCGAGCCAGGACGAGGCUCCGGUUCCCCCGCAACCACACAAGAAGAGACAGAGGAUAAAGAGUGAGGGACCAAGGCCUUCGUGGCGUAUGGGUGACUCUCAGGCUACUGAGACUCAAUCCCAAGUCUCGAUUGCGCGGUUGGGACCCGUCGAGUCGAAGGAAGAACGAGGGCGUAAGAAGGAGAAGAAAGGAUUCUUGGACCGCAUCCGUUCACGAUCGAUUUCACUGACCGAGAGCUUUAUCCAGGCGAUUCAGUACCCGGGCUAUCUGUUGAAGGAUAAGCAGGAGAGGAGGCAGAGCAAACAGCAACUCCCCUCAUCCAACGGCGCGAAUAGCUCUGACAUCCUUGCUACCUCUGCUACCGGCCAUUUGUUCACGUAUACUCCUUCUAACUCGACUACAACAACUACGGGCAUCACCGCUUCCCCCGUCUCCUCCAGUAGUCACCAGCAGCACUAUCCGCCGAACCAUCACGGCCACGGCAGCAGUAAUCACGGACACAACCAGUCACACCGGCGGUUGAACGAGUUUUCGGAUGAAGACGCUGUUCAGCGUGAAGAGUACCGGGCGAGUCCGAUGACCAAGGCCAAAGAGAUAGUGCUCGCGCAGUGGGAGGACCGUGAAGAGUACGAGGCGAGUCCGAUGACCAAGGCCAAAGAGAUAGUGCUUUCGCAGUGGGAGGACGUUGAUCUCCCUCGCCGACAGGGUGGCGUACCGCACGCGGAAAUCAUGAUCAGUCAAAUCCGGUCCAACCCAUAUCCGCCUAUAUCCAUACCAUUUGCAAAAGAGGGUCCCAGGCGAAGGUGA